AAAAAAGACCUAAAAAAAAAAUCAAACACAAACACAAACACAAUUUCAUGAAUUUAAAAAUGAACUUCAAAAUCUGAAAACAGAAACAAGACAAGAAAAAUAAAAUAAAAUUAAUGCUCUCUAAAGCCCUUACUUUACUAGUACUAAAUAGAUGGUGUUUCUCUCUCCUAUAAUCUUCGCUACUUUUAUGAUCUUCUUUUUUCCUUCCAUUUCCAUGCCUUUCUCUCUCCUCUUUUUCUGCGCAUGGGAGGCAAAGAAUCCUCCUCACCGGAAACUUCUAGAGAUGUAUCGAUUUCUUCGCCGGAAUCUUUUUCCGGCGACAAAAUCUCCGGCGCUCCUAUGCGCGUGCUCGUGUUUCUCCAUAAAGCGUUCAGAGGAGAGCUUAAUCAGCUUCGGCGCGCCGCUUCUGACGCCGCCGACGAAUUCGCCGCCGAGAAAAAUGAGUGUCGUCGGAAAAUGGCGGCGGUUGAAAUUCGGAAGAGGCUUGAGUUCUUCAGGAGUGUGUUUAGAUACCACUGCGCUGCUGAAGAUGAGGUUAUAUUUUUGGCUCUAGAUGCACGUGUAAAAAACAUUGCUUGUACAUAUUUUUUAGAACACCAUAUAAUUGAUUCUACAUUUGAAUCAAUUUUUUCGUGUCUAAACGGCAUUAUCGAGGACCAUGGGAAUCCAUGUCAAGAAUUCCAAGAACUUACCUUCCACAUUAGCACACUACAGGGGUCAAUUUGUCAGCAUAUGGUGAAAGAAGAGCAACAGGUGUUCCCCCUUCUGAUGAGCCAAUUCUCUGAUGAAGAGCAAGGCUCCCUCCUCUGGCAGUUAACAUGCAGUGUCCCUGUGGUACUCAUGGAGGACCUUUUUCCCUGGUUAGCUUGUUUCCUUGCUCCGGAAGAACAAUUGGAACUGAAACAUACCAUGAGAAAAAUUGUGCCCCAUGACAAAUUGCUGCAAGAGGUGGUGAUUUCCUGGAUCAAUAAGAUGACUCAACCACCCUCAGGAGACACUGUCAAUUAUGGCCCAUCAUCUGAGAAUCUUGAUGCAGUGGACAAUUCAAAAGACACCUCUAAUCAUGGCUUGCUUAAGACCUCUUUUGAUAGUAGUUGUCAGUCAUACUUGCACCCAAAUGUUGAAGAUGGCCCAUUUGAUGGCCUUGUGCUUUGGCAUGCUUCCAUCAGGUCCGAUUUUAAAGAAGUUUUAGACAAGCUCUAUAAAGUAGGAUCAAAGAAAUUCUCAAGCUUGGCAUCACUGCUUGUUCGGAUCAACUUCCUCACAGAUGUGCUGAUUUUUUAUAGUGAAGCAUUGGAAAGAAACUUUUAUCCUUUGUUAGAAGACGCCUCUGUACCCUCAUACAAAGCAUUUCCUAGCAAAAAUGAAAUUGAAGGAUUUCAGAAGAUUGUAAUCGAUGCUACUCAAAUUAAUUUUUCUAAUCCAAGAUUUUUCGAGAUGCUAUGUAGUAAGAUGGAGGAUCUAGUGUUGGCAACUAGUAGACACUUGUCUUUUCAAGAAACAGAGGUUUUCCCUUCCAUCAGGAAGAACUAUGACAAUGAAACCCAACAGAAGUUGCUAUUUAGGAGUCUUUGUAUGCUGCCCCUUGGCCUGUUAAAGUGUGUGGCGACUUGGUUUCCUUCUCGCUUGCCCAAGGAUAAGUUGAAGUGUAUUUUACAUGGCAUUAAGCAAUCUGGCUUCCUUGCUGAACCUUUUGCGUCCCUUUUACAUAAAUGGAUUCGCAUAGGUUACUCAGGCAAAUUUACUAUGGAAGAUUUACGGGAUAUGUUCAAUAGCAGAAUAUCUUACAUGUUUGAGCAGCUUAGGACAGGUGAAGAUCCUGACAACAGAUUAGAGCAUUCCGGGAAGGAACAUAGUUCUCUUGACAGCUCCAGCUUUAUUUCCAAUUCUUUAAGCAAAUGUUCCCUGCGAACUGAGAAGCAUGGGACAUUGUACUCUAGUGGAAUUAAUUUGCUUGUGUAUUCUUCACGCGCUUCAAAUCAGGUGUAUACCUUUUCUGGAUUUCCCAUUGAAGGAGUUUCUGCUAGUCACCGAGAACCGAGGCCGUUGGACCACAUCUAUUAUUUCCACAAAGCUAUUAAGAAAGACCUCGAGUCCUUAGUUCUUGACACGAUUAAGCUACCCAAAAACAUGGAGCUUUUUUUGGAUUUCAAUCGACACUUUCAUCUAGUGCGAUCUCUAUAUGAGCUUCAUAGUGAAACCGAGGAUCAGGUGGCGUUUCCAGCUCUAGAGGCAAAGAAAAAGAUCCAAAACCUUACACAGUCUUAUUCAAUUGAUCACAAACUGGAAAAUGAAUGCUUUCAAAGAGUUUCUGGCAUUUUGGAUGAGAUGUCUGAAUUAUAUAACACACUUUCUAGUUCUAGCGUUGAUCAACAAGGGGCAGUAUUAAUGUAUCAUCAGUUGUGUUUAAAGCUCCAGGAUAGUUGCAAACUGCUGGAGAAGAUAUUGAAUGAUCACAUACAUCGGGAAGAGAUUGAACUUUGGCCUUUGUUUAGAGAUUACUUCUCCAUUGAAGAACAAGAAAAAAUUGUAGGGUAUAUGCUUGGAAGAACAAGGGCAGAGAUUUUGCAAAAAAUGAUAGUAUGGCUUAUGGCCUGUUUAACGUCAGAAGAGCAGCAAGCUAUGAUGAACUUCUGGCGCAAAGCCACGAAAUAUACAAAAUUUCAUGAGUGGUUAGGAGAAUGGUGGGAAGGACUGGAAAGCUAUGCUUGUGCUGAGGUAGAAAAGCCAGAUAUUUCUUGUUCAUCAGCAAUGGACUCCCUAGAUAUUGUCUCAAAGUAUUCAUCUAUGGGUGUUUCUAAUGACAGAGGGAAGAACUCCAAAGAUGGAAAUGUGAAGUUACCUUACGAUGAGGCCAAGACUAUCAACAUGGUUAAGAAAAUGGAAGGUCUUGAGAAGGACAACAAGAAGCAUAAAUCUUUUGAAUACAAAAUCCUUCUAAGUGAGAAGGAGAAGCAUAGAAGAGAAGGGAAUGUUACUGAUUCAGUAAGUGAACUGGAGGCUGAAAUAAGAAAGGUGUCACAGGACUCCUCUUUGGAUCUGCAAGCAAAAACACGAAUAAUGCAGGAUUUGAUGACAAGCCAUUGGCCGGUUGCGCAAUCACUGUCUGAUUCGAACAGUGUGAUUAGAAGUGAAUCUGGAAAGCUUCCAGGUCAGUAUCCCUCGUAUCGGGACACAGGAGACUCUGUGUUUGGUUGCAAACACUACAAGCAAAACUGCAAGCUUGUUGCAUCUUGUUGUGACCAGCUUUUCACAUGCAGACGUUGUCAUGAUGAGGUUUCUGAUCACUUGAUGGAUAGAAAAUCCACAACCCAAAUGAUGUGCAUGAAAUGCUUGGAAAUUCAACCCAUUGGAUCCACUUGCCUUACUCCUUCUUGCAACAAGUAUUCUAUGGCGAGAUACUAUUGCAAGAUUUGUCGGUUAUUCGAUGACAACAGGGAGAUUUACCACUGUCCCUAUUGUAACUUAUGCCGAGUUGGAAAAGGAUUGGGGAUUGACUACUUCCAUUGCAUGAAAUGUAAUGCAUGCAUGUCCCGAUCUCUUUCAUCCACACAUGUAUGUAGGGAGAAGUGCAUUGAGGAUAAGUGUCCUAUAUGCCAUGAAGAUAUGUUUACUUCAAGUGAUCCGAUAAAGGCCCUAGCUUGUGGUCAUUUGAUGCAUUCAUCAUGCUUUGAGGACUACACUUGCACGCGCUAUACAUGUCCAGUCUGCAGCAAAUCUCUUGGUGAUAUGCAGGUGUUAUUUGGAAUGUUGGAUGCACUAUUGGCUGAGGAGAAGAUACCAGUGGAGCACAUUGGACGGACUCAGGCCAUAUUAUGCAAUGACUGUGAGAAGAAAGGAAUUGCUCGCUUCCAUUGGCUGUAUCACAAGUGUCCACUUUGCGGGUCUUACAAUACCCGGCUUCUGUGACUCCAUUCUCUUAAUACAAGACGGCAAAAGGGUAAAAGCAAUCAAUCUUGUAAAUAGGAUGUUAUUGUAUGGUUCAACCAAUUUUGACACAUUCAGUCCAUUAGAGUACAUGUCUAGAUAUAGGAGAAAGAUAAGCGAAAUCAUGAUGUUCGAAUAAUGGUAGGUCAUAGUUCCUUUAUCUGAUUACAUGCCUUAAAUACACUUCUUAUGCUCCUUAUUACAUCAUAAGCAAUGCGGGGUAUCAGAUAUUAGGAUGAUCCCCCCAUUGGAUGAUGUGAAUUAUAAGGAUGAUUUAUAUGAUACAAUAGGAAUUGUUUCUGUAUGAUUGACAAAGACACUCCAUGAGGGUUGUUAGUCUUUUCAUGUAGUACUGAAAAUCUUAUCAGAGAGCUAGUGAUGUUUCGUAUUUUCUGGUAUGUUCAUAGAAUGAGUUGACGGCACAUAUACAUAGAUAUUGGUGCAAUAUUGAGGAAAGUACAUUUCUUUGGAAGAUGAGUUAUGUGAUUGAACGAAACCAAUAUAGUAUAUCUUUCAUUUAUGUUAUUGCUGAAGUAAUGAAUACAGUUUUCUCAUGGGUAACAUAAAUCAAGUGUGAAACGAAAGAAAAAGAGAUAUAAACUUUACCCGAGUAGGGAAGAAAAGCCUUGGAAAAAUAUCCCUCAAAAAUGCUACCUAUGUUUUUAAUUGACACUGGUAAGGCUAAAGCAUGCAGCAGCACUCCUCAACUCAUUCUCAGCAACAUGCUCUGUGAACUGUGUUGCGUCUUUUACAGAUGAUUCAGGGCUGCAUAUACACAUUCAAUUAGGAUUAGUUUUUCAAAUACAAAUGUACAGAAGAAAAGAGAUUUAAUCUACUUGAUCUUGAUCAGUUUUCUGCAUUCAUUUUAACUUGUUGCCUUCCGGUCAGCCCUUGAUGUUUUUUCUUUCACUACCUUCCUUUUACCAAAGAGCAUGAUGAAUAUUUCCUAUAUAUUUUCAAUAUAAUUGAACCAUGGUGAGUGUUGUUACCUUGAAUCGUAUGCUACUUUAGAAUCAAUGUAUGACUGUCUAUCAUCAAUGGUGUCAAAGUAAGGGUGCAUGUCAUUAUAAUCUUGAAAGGCAUUCUCUUGAAAAGCAGGUGAUUCUGAGGUGAUCACCAGCUCUGAUUGUAUAGGUAUUGCAUUCUCAUUCUCACUGUUAGUAUUAUCGUGUAUUCCUGGAUGUUGAAUCCACAUUGAGUUCAGUAGUGGUUCUUUGACAUCGAGAUAACUCGAAUGGUACGGACUGCUGCUGCUUGAAUACGAGUGAUUCUGAGAAAGAGGUACCACAUUCUCAGAAUUGUAAUGCUGCUGGAGAACCGCUGUAUUCUGGUUGUAAAAUGAUGGAAUAAUGUUACUUGGAGGUCCCAUUCCCAGCUGUAAUUGUGAAGCCGAGUUGAUAUCAGUAAAGGAGACAACAUUUGUUGAAAUCUGUUGAUGAUCAUGCUGGUGGCGAUACGUGUUAAGCAUGGAAUGAACAGCAUAGAGUUCUUCCUCACAUUGCCGAAUUUGAUUUCUUAAGUGCUGAAUGACCUCAACACAUCCAUAUACCGGGGAACGUUCUCGAAUAUUGGCUUGGUAAAUGAUGGAACUCAUGGCCUCAUUGUGUUGGCUAGGGUGUAAGAGUUUCAGUAGUUUUUGGAUUUUUUUAACUCCAAAGAGUUUGUGAACAUUCUGGAACAUUUUAUGUUGAUCAGGAGGGAAGUAUGGCGCAAGAGGGCACGUCGAUGUGCAUUUCCUCCUUUGGUAUUUGCAGGCAGCGCAAGCUUGAUUGUUGCCACCUUUAAGGGUCAUUUCUCUGAUCAAUCUUCCCUUUCAAGAAUGCUGAUUUUGAUCAGAAUUCAUCAAGUUGUAGUUGGAUACAGAAUACAGAAGGAGAUGAGAAUUUUUGGAAAGUGUAAGCAAGAAGAGAUGUUUGUUAGUGUGAUCUGAAUAAGUCUUAAUAUAACCGAAAUUACUGGAUGUGGAAAAGACUUUGUAAAAACAGAUUUGGAUUAUAGUAAGUUGUAACGAUUUUUACUGAAAUGUGUUUAUUUUGUUUGUUUGUUUGUU